GGCCCUCUGUGUAGAUUAAACCUGCGCUCCCUGUUUCCCAUUUCCACAGCCGAUGCCCGGGGUCGCUGCGGGCGUUAAAAUCCCCGCACCGCGCCCUCCAUCCCAGGUGUAUACAGGCCUCACGGUGUGGGUCCGGAAUCGCUUCCCUUUGGGUUGAAGUCGCUCUGAGGCUGCUCCCUGUCCCCGGCCCUUUGCUGCUUCCUCCCGCUUAAAACCUUUUUCUGACCCCUCCUCCAGCCCCGGGCUUUUUAAAGUCCUCACCCAAGAGGUGGAUUCCCGUCCUGGGCGCAUCCCAGCCUUGCCCUCGUCGGCCCCUGGAGCGCAGCGCCCCAGAGCCCGCGUGCUCUGCGUGGUCCUGGGAUCCUGCAGACCCCACCCCUGUCCGAAGGUGCCGUCGCCCCCCACCUCCCUUCUCCUCGUGCCAGGCCCUGCUGCUCCCCAGGCCUCCCCUGAGCCCGCGUUGGGGAGGUGCUCAGGGCCUGUCCUGUGACACCCGGUGUUCUUGCCUGCCCCUCUCCACUCCCUGGAAAAUGCUCUCCUCCAGGAUCCAGGCAUCUUACCCCAAACCCUCUUGUGAAUGUGUGGGCCAAAGGGAUCGGGAGACAGAGAGGGACAGAGAGAGCAGUAGAAAACCUGAGACAGAGGAAGGAAUGAGGGAAACCAAUAAACAGAUGGCAAAGUAGAGGAUGGUUAGAGAUUUUCAAAGAGACAGUAAGAGUGAAAGAAGCCAAGAAAGUAGCAAGGAGAGAAAAGUAACUAGGCACAUUUCGAGAAAACGCACAGUAUUCAGAGAGAUGAAGGACAGCAAGGUAGGGCGGGGGGCAGCAAAGGGGGAGGCUCCUCAGAUAGAGAGUGGGGGAGAGGAGGAGUGAUUUGGAGCCAGGGCAGACAGAGCAGUGUGGUGCUGGGACAAAAAGAAGGGACAGCCGAAGACAAGGAGAGCAGAGGGAGAACCACAGCACGGGGAGGCCUGGGAUCUGGGGUUGCCAAAGAGUGGGGACAAGGGUGUGUAACAGGGAAAAGGGAAUUUAACACGGGGCGCUGAAAUGGGGAACAAAGAGCCAGAAAUAUGUGGAGAUUGGGACGAUGAAAAGAUUAGGAAGAAAGAGGAAUAUGAAGUGAAACAAAUUGCAAGACUGGAAAGAACAGGUGGAAGAGAAGAAAUGGAAGAAGGGGAGAAACAGCAGGAGAGGAGAGAGGCUCAAAAUGAGCAGAAUCCUAGGGAGAAAAUAAAGGGGAAGGAAAGAGCUAGAGAAAGAAGGUGAGAAUGAGAGCUAUGUACGGAAUGAGGGAGGGAAACACACCGUAAUGAGGAAAGAGGAGGACCCUGGGUCCAGCAUUGACCUCUAAAGACUCUUGGCACAUGAGGAAGAAACCCGGAAGAAGAGAGCAAAGGAGUCCGGAAUGGCUUUUACUCAGGGACAGUUGACAUUCAGGGAUGUGGCCAUCGAAUUCUCUCAAGAGGAGUGGAAAUGCCUGAAUUCUACACAGAGGACUUUAUACAGGGACGUGAUGUUGGAGAACUACAGGAACCUGGUCUCCCUGGAAUAUUAUCUCAUGCGGGAGCACAGGAAAGAGCCCUGGACCAUGGAAAGCCAAGUGCAAAUAGCAAGAAAACCAAAAGGGUGGGAAUGGAUCAAAGGUGUGAAAAUAGAUCUCUCUCGUAACUGUAUGAUCAAGGAAUUAGCACCGCAACGGGAAAGUAACAGAGAAGAAGUAUUCCACACAGUGACAUUGGAACAACAUGAAAAACAUGACAUUGAAGAGUUUUGCUUCAGGGAAAUGAAGAAAAAAAUACAUGACUUUGACUCUCAGUGGAGAGAUAAUGAAAGAAAUUACAACAAAGCGACUAUGGCCGCAAAAGAAAAUCUUACUUGUAGAAGAGACCAACAUGAUAGAAGUGGUAUAGAAAACAAGUCUAUUAAAAAUCAGCUUGGAUUAAGCUUUCUACCACAUCCCCCUAAACAGAAGCAAUUUCAAGCUGAAGGGAAAAUGUAUGAAUGUAACCAUGUUGAGAAGUCUGUCACCCAUGGUUCCUCAGUCUCAGCACCCCAAAUAAUUUCUUCUACCUUCAAAACCCAUAUUUCUAAUAAAUAUGGGACUGAUUUCAUCUGUUCUUCAUUACUCACACAAGAACAGAAAUCAUGCAUCAGGGAAAAACCUUACAGAUACAAUGAGUGCGACGAAGCCUUGAAUCAUGGCUCCCACGUGAUUGUACAUCAGGUAAGUCAUUCUGGAGAGAAACGAUAUAAAUGUGAUCUAUGUGGCAAGGUCUUUAGUCAAAAAUCAAACCUUGCGCGUCAUCGGAGAGUUCACACUGGAGAGAAACCAUACAAAUGUAAUGAAUGUGACAGAAGUUUCAGUCGCAACUCAUGCCUUGCACUGCAUCGGAGAGUUCAUACUGGAGAGAAACCUUACAAAUGUUAUGAAUGUGACAAGGUCUUCAGUCGCAAUUCAUGCCUUGCACUACAUCAGAAGAUUCACAUUGGAGAGAAACCUUACAAGUGUAAUGAGUGUGGCAAAGCCUUUAGUGUGAGGUCAACACUUAGCAACCAUCAGGUAAUUCAUAGUGGCGAGAAACCUUACAAAUGCAAUGAAUGUGGCAAGGUAUUCAGUCAGACUUCAAGCCUUGCAACUCAUCAGAGAAUUCACACUGGGGAGAAACCAUACAAGUGUAAUGAAUGUGGUAAAGUCUUCAGUCAAACUUCAAGCCUUGCAAGGCAUUGGAGAAUUCAUACUGGAGAGAAACCUUACAAAUGCAAUGAAUGUGGAAAGGUUUUCAGUUAUAAUUCACACCUUGCGAGUCAUCAGAGAGUUCAUACUGGAGAGAAACCUUACAAGUGUAAUGAAUGUGGCAAAGCCUUUAGUGUGCAUUCGAACUUAACUACCCAUCAGGUCAUCCAUACUGGAGAGAAACCUUACAAAUGUAAUGAGUGUGGCAAAGCCUUCAGUGUGCAUUCAAGCCUAACUACCCAUCAGGUCAUCCAUACUGGAGAAAAACCUUACAAAUGUAAUGAAUGUGGUAGAUCCUUUAGUGUGCGCCCAAACCUCACUAGACAUCAGAUAAUCCAUACUGGAAAGAAACCUUACAAAUGUAGUGAUUGUGGGAAGUCCUUUAGCGUGCGCCCAAACCUCUUUAGACAUCAAAUUAUCCAUACUAAGGAGAAACCUUAUAAAAGAAAUUAGUAUGGCAAGGUCUUCAGUCAAAGUUUAAAUCUUGUGAGUCAUCAAAGAAUUUAUACCAGAGAGAAACUAUACAAAUAUAAUAAAUGUGGCAAGGUUUUCAGUCACGAUGAACUCUUACACAGCAUCAGAGAAUUUCAUUCUCGAGAGAAUCCUUACAAGUAUGGCAAACCCUUCAUCACGAGUUCAAGCAUUCAUUGAUGUCAGAGUCCAUGCUAAAGAGAAAUCAUAUAAACCUAAGUAUGUGACAGAGGCUUCAUUUAGGUCUCACAACUCACUAGAUAUCAAAAUGUAUAUACAUCUUUGUAUAUUUUGUGCAUGUUGAAGCUAUUAACCAAGGAUCAAAACUGUCAGACAUCCAAGGAUUUAUGUGAGGAAUAAUUCAGUCUAGUGCUGAUAAACUUUUCAUAUAUAUUGUAGAACAACUGCAAGUUCAAAUGUGUUAAAACUCAUACACAACAUGAGACAUAUUAAAGGUUGCAGGAUGUUUGAAGUCA